AGCAACCUUGAAACGUGAAAAACCAAAUUUUAAAGGAAUUUCUAGGAAUUAAUACUCUACAUAUUACCCACACGCAUUUGUGUAGUGUUUCAUUUUAUAACGUGCAAUCGGUGUAAUCGUGAACAAUAUUUUACCUACGUUCGAAGGAACGUUUCGUCCAGUGCUAAGAGUACAUAGAAGCGUUCGCUCGCUUCUAGAGACAAGGUAAUAACUUCGGCCUGUCCUCGAAGCCAUCGGAAGGGUCACGGUUUUAGCUGGGUCUCCGUAACUGCAAGCGCCAUUCCACGGUUGAGUCAACGAGCGUGCGGUGGAAAACCCGGAACGUGUUCUGUGCAUUUAUAGGAGUUUUAUUCUAGAAACAUCCUCUUCCACCAAUCUCGAUGCCGCAGGAAAUCAAACGAGAACGCAAAACUACGCAGUCAAUGAUGCGCUCGAAAUCAAUCCACUGGAAUGAAGCACCACUGUCACCGUGCCCAAUACCGGACAUCAGUGACGAUGAGCUAGUAUCGAUCACGGUGCGUGACCUCAACCGCACCCUAAAGAUGCGAGGACUAACACGUGAGGAAAUCGUGCGCAUGAAACAGCGCCGAAGGACGCUCAAGAAUCGAGGCUACGCCGCCAGCUGUCGCAUCAAGCGAAUCGAGCAAAAGGAUGAGCUGGAAACGGAAAAGUCGCAGGAAUGGCGUGACAUGGAAGCGAUGCACGACGAAACGGGCCGGUUGCAGGAGGAGGUGGAUUCGCUCCGCAAUAAGUAUGAAGCGUUACGGAAAUUUGCCAUUUCCAAAAAGAUCCCCCUGCCACCGGAGCUGGAUGUGCUGUAAGAUAAGCGAUAAGGGGCCAUGAUAACGUGAUGCACUACUAUUUCGUUUCGUGAUUUACAUUUACAUUUUCCUACAACAAUUCCUCUGUAGUCUAUAGCACAAGAUUUUUCUAUGUUGAGAGAAUUCCAAUAAUUAAAAUAUUGUUAAGCAGAA